AUGGCGUAUGACGAAGAGAUUAGAAAUAUUUUGCGGAAAUCCCUAGAGAAGAUAGGAGUUAGGAUUGCAUAUAUUCGAGGGGGUGGUGUUGUUCUUCGAGAGAGAAAGAACAAAUCUCCAGGCCAAGCAUUUCCAUUAGGUGUAUCACAAGUCGACAACGGGAUCAACUUUGCUAUAUUUUCACAACAUGCAACUGUUGUCGCACUUUGUUUGGUCCUUCCUGAAAGGGAAAGCAUUGAUACACUGGAUGGUGGUAUGAUAGAACUGGCUUUGGACCCUCAUUUAAACAAAACAGGGGAUGUUUGGCACAUAUGUAUUGAGGAUCUUCCUGGGAGAAAUGUUUUGUACGGGUAUCGAAUAGAUGGAUCUCAAGACUGGGGUAAGGGGCAUCUGUUUGACAGAAGCAUUGUGCUUGUUGAUCCUUAUGCAAAACUAGUUGAAGGUCGUAGAUAUUUUGGGGAUAUUAGCAAGAAGUUGUCUAAGUUUCUGGGCACAUAUGAGUUUGACAGCUUGCCUUUUGACUGGGGAGAGAAUUAUAAGCUUCCAAAUAUUGCCGAGAAAGAUCUUGUUAUAUAUGAGAUGAAUGUUCGUGCAUUUACAAUGGAUGAAUCUAGUGGAUUGGAUAACAACAUUCGUGGAAGCUAUCUUGGUGUGAUUGAGAAGAUCCCACAUCUUCUAGAGCUUGGUAUCAAUGCAGUGGAGUUGCUGCCUAUCUUUGAGUUUGAUGAGUUGGAAUUGCAAAGGCGUCCGAAUCCUAGAGAUCACAUGAUUAAUACGUGGGGUUAUUCAACAAUAAAUUUCUUUGCUCAUAUGAGUCGCUAUGCUAGUGCUGGAGGAGGACCAGUUAAUGCUUCCCAAGAGUUCAAGCAAAUGGUUAAAGCCUUACAUUCUGCUAGCAUAGAGGUUAUUUUGGAUGUUGUCUACAAUCAUACUAAUGAGGCUGAUGAUCCCAAUCCUUACACUACUUCAUUUCGUGGCAUAGAUAAUAAGGUUCUGGUAGGUUCAAUUUGUGAUGUUGAUGAUGGUUUCGCUGCAGGAGGGUAUGAAUGGAUUUGGAUGUGGCAUAAAAGUUGCAUACUAAAAGAUCACGAUGUUUUUGAUACUUGGCCUUGA